UUAGUUCAUUCUUGUGUUGUCGAAUUUUGUGAUUUCCAGAAGCGUAAGCAAAUAUCAAUGGCAGACAAACCAAGCCGAUCACUGAUUCUAUACGGCGAUGGCUUAGCUCGUUUCAUCGAUCCAUCAUCUUCUCACACAAACCUUCAUUCUCUCGCUUCUCUUUCUUCCUGCGCUUUCUUAACUCUCUCCAAUUCCAAUUCCAAUUUCAAUCCCUCAGAAACCGAGGAUGACAGAAUUGUCCGAGAAUUCACACUGCUUCUUGAUGCAUCCCAAAUUCAUGAUGAACAAACCUUACCCGAUAGGUUUAUGGGAAUGAAAGCUGCUAUAAUGACCAACCAUUCAGGGUUGAAAUCUUUUAGUACCAAACUUGGCUUCAGUGUUGUUCAGUUGGAUGGGUUGGUGAAACAACAUGCUUCUGAAUCACAAGACAGUGAUAUUGUGGCCGUUGAGAUUCUCAAGUUGCUUGGCUUUCAAGAAGGGAAGGUUUUAGACAACAGCCAAUUUGAUCUUGUUUUCAUUCAUGUUGGAGCUGGUGAAAAGGACAAUGGUAGUGAACAAAAUGCUGAUGUGGAGUUUGUGGAUGCAUUGGUUGGUGCAAUAAUGAGACAAGCACAGCCGGGAUCUGACGUUGGUUCUCGCCUGCACUUGUCUGUUGUCAUGAGCUAUGGCAAGGUCUUGGAGGAUGACGAGUCCAAGUUUUCAGUGUCAAAGAAGGUUGAUGAGAAGGACUCUUGUUUUUUAACGCUGUAUCCUUUACAAAGUUAUGCUAUGAAAGGAGGAGUUCCUCGCAAGGAUGUGAGGCUCCAUUCACCAAUGUUAAUUGCUCAAUUGCAACAUGCUGUGACUCGCAAGGAUAAUGUACAGAGGUUUACUUUCCAAGAUUUCAUGAAGAAUGGUGGAAAUCUCACAAUACCGGCAGAUAGGUUUUUGCAUGAGAUAGCUUUUAAGAUGUGGAAAGCUCCAAAAUAUGGAGCUUGAUCCCCAUCCCCCCUCCUCUUUUCUGCUAAGCCUCUGCCAUAGCUGCAGAGGUAUUUGAAUAUGUACAAGGUGGUCCACCGAUGCCAAUUAAUAUGUUUGUUUUUGUUACUUCGUUUAAUAACCAAAGAUUUUGAUGUACACCUAUCUCCCCUGCGAUAUGCUGUAAUAAAAAAUAACAGCAACACAUAAUUUGACACCUUUUUUGAAGACAUAUUCUUAGUCCAAAUUUUUGUACCAAACAAACAUAUUAGCAUUUAUGAUUUUGAAAUUGUAAGGAUCGAACAGUUUAAUCCC